AUGGCCGAUGUUGAUUCGUUAGCUCAAAAUCGCCGGCGAGGUCGCGAUGAAGGCCGGGAUGCCUCACACGCAGGCCAUGACCAGCAUGAUAGCGGGGAACCUUCGCACUCGCAGAGCGACUCGAUCAAGAAACGGAAGAGGACCCGGAAAGGCGAUUCCGAGAAGAAGUUUGAAUGUAAACAUGAGGGUUGCGGGAAGAGUUACUCCAGAGCUGAACAUCUGUAUAGACAUCAGCUGAACCCCAAUACACUCGCUGCCGUCGCUCCCCAAGUGCGAAACGCUUUCCCAACCGGAAAUGGGACAAAUAUAACAUGUUCCCCGACAGAUGAUUCAAUUUCACCGUACCCGAAGCAAAUACCAUCUGAAAAUGCGUCGGGGAACAUGUCGAGACCACGUCUUCCCGCGUCCUCCUCUGCUCCUAAUGGCGGACCCACUAAUGGCCAAAACUACUCUCAUUCCUCUGCUGUUCGCUCCGCUGGCUCCUCCUCUUCCACCUCGAUUGAAAAUCAUCUACAGCUGCUUACGCCACAGCAACAAUAUGCUGUCCCAAAUCCGCGACUAAAACGGUCAGACAGUUCCAGUAGUUACACGCUCAGUCCUCAAAAGCAGUCCACAUCGAUAUCUCCUUUCGCGAUGACUGAUGAUUUUACUGCUUGGUUGUUUAAUGAACAUUCAAACAAUAAUUCUCCAAUUGCUUAUCCCAAUGCACCUGGCAUGGUGCCCAAUUACGCGGACCAAGCCUCUGCUCAACUCCAGGGACCUUAUUACCCAAGUGAUGCGGCCUUGACCAGCUAUUUUACAAACGUAGUUCAGCCACAACACCCAAUGAGCGUAACGAGCCUUCUUGACUCGGGACCUCCCCAGUCGAUUAUGUCGGAUGAGAAGCGGAAUGAGCUGCUGGAGCUUAUCCAAAGUCGCUUCAACGAAACUAACCAGGCAGCAAUGAAAACGCGAAAGGAUGCUUUGCUUGACGGUGAUAUUGAUGACGAUGGGCACCUUCUCAGCCUACGAAUGAUGCAGACCUACAUUGCUGCUUACUGGUAUCAUACCCAUGACCAGCUACCCAUUUUACACAAACCGACCUUCUCAGCUGAUAAAACGCCGAAUCUCCUCCUCUUGGCGAUUAUGGCCAUUGGUGCCUCGACCCUUGACAAGAACCAUGGACACCACGUUACUGAGGCAGCCUCUGAAUUGGGCCAACUUUUUAGCCUGGCACAUCCGGUGGGAGAUUUUUAUGGACGUGGAUUUCCAGCCACCUGCAAAGCUCUGGGUGUUCCAGACGUUGCUACUCCUCGAAAUUUGCGAGAAGCUGUAUUCAACACGGGCUUUGCACGAACGUGCUCAUAUCCAUCACGAUACCACAUUAACCUUGAUGCGGCGAGGAAAUCGACAACUGGCUCCGGCACCAAUUCUGCCUCUGAAUCCGGGGCGGAGUGGCGUUUGCAGCCUUCGUCCUGGAUUCAACACACGCCACGAUGUUUGGACAUUCCGCGAAAAUGGUUGCCCAUGAGAUGCGUCUUCCGCUGCCCUGCGACGAAGCACUGUGGUCAGCAACGAGCGCUGCAGAAGUCGCAAGAGUACAAUCAAAGUCUACAUUCCAACGGGGCCAAGGCAAUCAUGUUUCCUAUGCUGAAAAAGACGCUUAAUGGACAGAAAAGUACGAACAAAUUCAUUUGGCCGGACUAUUUUAAUGGCUGGUUUACUAGCGUCAGCUGGCAUAUGAAUCAACGAGAUCUCCAAGUUAGUUCACUAGGUGUCGCACAAGCUUUGGGAGGACGGGAUAGGUGGAGGUCGUCUCUGUUGCGUUCAUACGAUAACUGGAAGCGUGAUUUUGAUGAUGCUCUUGAAUCGAACCCGUCGAACUAUUCUUCCGCCUUCCGACAGUACUCCGUGGAUGAUGAUGUUAUCUUCGAGUCUCGUACAGUUUUGCACCAUCUUGCGCACAUGGCAUCACAUGUUGAUGUGGUUGACUGUCAAAUAUUUGCUGGAGCCGGCCGCCUGCUUGGUCGAUCCAUUACUCCCAAGGAUUAUAGCACAACGCGGGAGAAAAUGACAGAACGCUGGGCAAACAAGGCAGCUGCUCGAGACGCUGCCUUCUUCGCGGUGAAAUUUCUCACCCAAGUCCUUAUCUCCGAAGAUGGCCGGACGGUGAUACAACAUGGUUCCGCGGGAUACCUGGAUUUGAACGAGUACAGCGCCCGUGAUGAUUUCCUCCUCAAUCGGCCGUGGGUUAUUUAUUUUGCCUCCCUUGUUGUCUGGAGCUAUGGGUACGCGCUCGAUGGACCGAUAAGCGCGCCUGUGCCCGAACUUUCCACCCCGGACGAGCGACGUCGGGAUAUGCACGAGUUUCUCGAUCGGGUUGGCGGCGUACGCACGCCGGAAGAGCUUCUACAUAUCCGCGGCCGGAAUCGCUGCAUGGGCCUGCUGAUGACCUUGCAAGAGUCUUUCUCGUACACGCGGUGGGAACUUCUCCAUGAGGCUGCAAAUUUGAUGGGAAGCUGUAUCGAGAAAUUGAAGGGUUCUGGUGCUCAAACAAACACUUCUUCAUAA